AUGGCUGCUCUGAUAAGGGAAAAACAGAAACUGCAUCUUGAUGAGGAGGGUUUACUGUACAGGAAAACUUCCAGCCGAACACAGCUACUCCUGCCCAAGAGGUUCCACAAGCUGGUGUACAGAGAACUUCAUGAGGAGAUGGGUCAUCUGGGAGUAGAGAGAGUCCUGGCCCUCAUCCGGGAUCACUUUUACUGGCCUCAUAUGCAGAGGGACGUGGAACACUACAUAACACAGGUGUGUAGCUGUCUGAAAAACAAGCUCCCCAACAAGCCAACCAGAGCACCCCUGACCAGCAUCAUUACAACUUACCCGUUUGAGCUGGUCUCCAUUGAUUUCUUGCAUUUGGAGAAAUCCGCAGCACAAUCAACAGUAACUACAGAAGAUUCAACAACUACUACAACAACUACAACAACUACUCCAGGGACAGCGGCUCCAGCGACAUCAGCUCCAGUGACAACAAUCGCUGUUUUCACCACAGUUUCUCCAGCGACAACAGUAGCUGCUUCUGCCACAGCUACCCCGGGAACAACAGGUGCUCCAGCCACAACUGCUGCUGCCUCCACCACAGCUGCUCCAGCCACAACAGCUGCUGCCUCCACCACAGCUGCUCCAGCCACAACAGCUCCAGCAACAACAGUCGCUGCUUCCACCACAGCUGCCCCAGCAAUAACAGCUGUCCCCUCCACCACAGGUGCUCCAGCCACAACAGCUGCUCCAGCCACAACAGCUGCUGCCUCUACCACAGCUCCUCCAGCUACAACGGCUCAAGUGACAACAGUUGCUGCUUCCACCACAGCUGCCCCUGGAAUAACAGGGGGCGCUUCCACCACAGCUGGUCCAGUGACAACAGGUGCUGCCUCCACCGCAAAUGCUCCAGCGACAACCGCCGGUGCUUCCACCACAGCCGCCCCAGCAAUAACAGCAGUCCCCUCCACCACAGGUGCUCCAUCCACAACAGCUGCUGACUCCACCACAGCUGCUCCAGCCACAACAGCUCCAGCAACAACAGUCGCUGCUUCCACCACAGCCGCCCCAGCAAUAACAGCAGUCCCCUCCACCAUAGGUGCUCCAGCCACAACAGCUGCUGACUCCACAACAGCUGCUCCAGCCACAACAGCUGCUGCCUCUACCACAGCUCCUCCAGCUACAACGGCUCAAGUGACAACAGUCGCUGCUUCCACCACAGCUGCCCCUGGAAUAACAGGGGGCGCUUCCACCACAGCUGGUCCAGUGACAACAGCUGCUGCCUCCACCACAGCUGCUCCAGCCACAACAGGUCCAGCAACAACAGUCGCUGCUUCCACCACAGCCCCCCCAGCAAUAACAGCUGUCCCCUCCACCACAGGUGCUCCAGCCACAACAGCUGCUCCAGCCACAACAGCUGCUGCCUCUACCACAGCUCCUCCAGCUACAACGGCUCAAGUGACAACAGUUGCUGCUUCCACCACAGCUGCCCCUGGAAUAACAGGGGGCGCUUCCACCACAGCUGGUCCAGUGACAACAGGUGCUGCCUCCACCGCAAAUGCUCCAGCGACAACCGCCGGUGCUUCCACCACAGCCGCCCCAGCAAUAACAGCAGUCCCCUCCACCACAGGUGCUCCAUCCACAACAGCUGCUGACUCCACAACAGCUGCUCCAGCCACAACAGCUCCAGCAACAACAGUCGCUGCUUCCACCACAGCCGCCCCAGCAAUAACAGCAGUCCCCUCCACCAUAGGUGCUCCAGCCACAACAGCUGCUGACUCCACAACAGCUGCUCCAGCCACAACAGCUGCUGCCUCUACCACAGCUGCUCCAGCUACAACGGCUCAAGUGACAACAGUUGCUGCUUCCACCACAGCUGCCCCUGGAAUAACAGGGGGUGCUUCCACCACAGCUGGUCCAGUGACAACAGGUGCUGCCUCCACCGCAAAUGCUCCAGCGACAACCGCCGCUGCUUCCACCACAGCCGCCCCAGCAAUAACAGCAGUCCCCUCCACCACAGGUGCUCCAGCCACAACUGCUUCUCCAGUGACAACAGCUCCAGUGACAACAGUUGCUGCUUCCACCACAGCUGCCCCAGCAAUAACAGCUGUCCCCUCCACCACAGGUGCUCCAGCCACAACUGCUGCUGCCUCCACCACAGCUGCUCCAGCCACAACAGCUGCUGCCUCCACCACAGCUGCUCCAGCCACAACAGCUCCAGCAACAACAGUCGCUGCUUCCACCACAGCUGCCCCAGCAAUAACAGCUGUCCCCUCCACCACAGGUGCUCCAGCCACAACAGCUGCUCCAGCCACAACAGCUGCUGCCUCUACCACAGCUCCUCCAGCUACAACGGCUCAAGUGACAACAGUCGCUGCUUCCACCACAGCUGCCCCUGGAAUAACAGGGGGCGCUUCCACCACAGCUGGUCCAGUGACAACAGCUGCUGCCUCCACCACAGCUGCUCCAGCCACAACAGGUCCAGCAACAACAGUCGCUGCUUCCACCACAGCCGCCCCAGCAAUAACAGCUGUCCCCUCCACCACAGGUGCUCCAGCCACAACAGCUGCUCCAGCCACAACAGCUGCUGCCUCUACCACAGCUCCUCCAGCUACAACGGCUCAAGUGACAACAGUUGCUGCUUCCACCACAGCUGGUCCAGUGACAACAGGUGCUGCCUCCACCGCAAAUGCUCCAGCGACAACCGCCGCUGCUUCCACCACAGCCGCCCCAGCAAUAACAGCAGUCCCCUCCACCACAGGUGCUCCAGCCACAACUGCUGCUCCAGUGACAACAGCUCCAGUGACAACAGUCGCUGCCUCCACCACAGCUGCUCCAGCCACAACAGCUCCAGCAACGACAGCUGCUCCAGCCACAACAGCUGCUGACUCCACAACAGCUGCUCCAGCCACAACAGCUGCUGCCUCUACCACAGCUGCUACAGCUACAAGGACUCAAGUGACAACAGUCGCUGCUUCCACCACAGCUGCCCCAGGAAUAACAGGGGGCGCUUCCACCACAGCUGGUCCAGCCACAACAGCUGCUGCCUCCACCACAGCUGCUCCAGCCACAACAGGUCCAGCAACAACAGUCGCUUCUUCCACCACAGCCACCCCAGCAAUAACAGCUGUCCCCUCCACCACAGGUGCUCCAGCCACAACUGCUGCUCCAGCCACAACAGCUGCUCCAGCCACCACAGGUGUUCCAGCCACAACAGCUGCUCCAGCCACAACAGCUGCUGCCUCUACCACAGCUGCUCCAGCUACAAGGACUCAAGUGACAACAGUCGCUGCUUCCACCACAGCUGCCCCUGGAAUAACAGGGGGCGCUUCCACCACAGCUGGUCCAGUGACAACCGCUGCUGCUUCCACCACAGCCGCCCCAGCAAUAACAGCAGUCCCCUCCACCACAGGUGCUCCAGCCACAACUGCUGCUCCAGCCACAACGGCUGCUGCCUCCACCACAGCAGCUCCAGCGACAACAGCCACCACCUCCAUCACAGCUACACCAGCAACAAUAGCCAUCACCUCCACCACAGUGGCUCCAGCAACAACAGCUGCUGCCUCCACCACAGCAGCUCCAGUGACAACCGCUGCUGCCUCCACCACAGCGGCUCCAGCAACAACAGCCACCAUCUCCAUAACAGCUACACCAGCAACAAUAGCCACCGCCUCCACCACAGUUGCACCUGGGACAACAGCUCAAGUGACAACAGCCGCUGCCUCUACCACAGCUGCCCCUGGAAUAACAGGGGGCGCUUCCACCACAGCUGGUCCAGUGACAACAGCUGCUGCCUCCACCGCAAAUGCUCCAGCGACAACAGCUCCAGCGACAACCGCCGCUGCUUCCACCACAGCCGCCCCAGCAAUAACAGCAGUCCCCUCCACCACAGGUGCUCCAGCCACAACGGCUGCUGCCUCCACCACAGCAGCUCCAGCGACAACAGCCACCACCUCCAUCACAGCUACACCAGCAACAAUAGCCAUCACCUCCACCACAGUGGCUCCAGCAACAACAGCUGCUGCCUCCACCACAGCAGCUCCAGCGACAACAGCCACCACCUCCAUCACAGCUACACCAGCAACAAUAGCCAUCACCUUCACCACAGUGGCUCCAGCGACAACAGCCACUGCCUCCACCACAGCAGCUCCAGCGACAACAGCCACCACCUCCAUCACAGUGGCUCCAGCGACAACAGCCGCUGCCUCCACCACAGCUGCACCAGCGACAACAGCUGCUGCCUCCACCACAGCUGCACCAGCGACAACAGCCGCUGCCUCCACCACAGCUGCACCAGCAACAACAGCUGCUGCCUCCACCACAGCGGCUCCAGCAACAACAGCCACCAUCUCCAUCACAGCUACACCAGCAACAAUAGCCACCGCCUCCACCACAGUUGCACCUGGGACAACAGCUCAAGUGACAACAGCUGCUGCCUCCACCACAGCUGCUCCAACGACAUCAUCUCAGCCUGUUACAUCAAAGAUGUUGGUAUUUCAAUCCUUUGGAGUGACUUUUACAGAUGACCUGCGGAAUUCUUCAUCUACAGCGUUCAGAAAACGAGCCACACUGACAGUGGACACACUUGAACCUAUUUACAAAAAGAAAUUUUCCACGUACCACUCAAUGACUGUGAUUAGAUUUAGCAAUGGAUCAAUCAUCACUGACCUUAUUAUUCAGUUUGGAUCUACAUCAGUCCCUAAUAACACUGAGAUUGGAAAUGUUUUGAUCAGUGCAGCACCAAACAUAACAGCCUUCAACAUUACCACCAGCUCUGUUGUUGUCAGUGACACAGCAACAACUGCUGCCCCCACUCUCAGUACUACUGCUGCUACAAAUACAACUGGUAGUGUGACAUUUACAGCUACCAAUACUACAACUCCAGUGGCUCCAACUACAGUUGUGAACACUCCAUCUGCAGCUACAAAUGCAACCACAGCAACCAUUACAACCACCACAUCUGUAACAUCUACAACUGCUGAGCCAGUAACAGAACUACUGCUACAAUUCAAAACAAAUGAAACAUUUAUACAAGACUUGGCCAAUCAGACAUCUACAGAAUUUAAAAAUCGAGACACACUGCUAGUGACAACAAUUAAACCUUUUUACAGUGCAAAAUUUUCUUCAUUCCGCUCACUGAAAGCAGUUUCAUUCAGUAAUGGAUCAAUUAUCAACAAAAUGUCCAUUGGAUUUUCAUCUUCAUUGGUCCCUAAUGCAACUGAGAUUGGAAAGGUUUUGAUCAAUGCAGCCUCCAACAUAACAGCCUUCAACAUUAACGCCACCUCUAUUUCUGUGAAUGGCACACAAGUGUCACAUGCAGUGAGCCACAACAUCAGUCUCCUCACUGCAUCCUGCAUGGUGCUGCUGUCAUGGCUGCUGUCAGGCCAGCAAUAACAUCUGUGCUGUUGCUCUUCCUAAAUCACUUGUCUGCUGUGACUGUGAAUGAAAAGGACUUCGUUCCCAAGAAGACCUUCUGGUUGAAUGCAAUCAUAGUAUGGCUUAAAAGGAAAUAAACUAAAAUGAACCUUUGUGUUAUCAAUCGAUAUUUACAUAAUUUCUAACAAAUUGGUCAUUGGUUAUCAAUGUAUAAUAUAAGUCCUGUGAUACAGUCAUAAUCGAAGUUGGACAUAUUGUGUUUUAAUCCAUAAAGCAUUUCCUGAGCUUGUGAUUCUGACAGAAAAGAAUAAAAGUGAUAUUUAAAAAGAACUAGAUAUAAAAUUCAAAGUUAAAAUGCACAUUAAUAAUGAAGGAUAAGUGCAAAAACACAUCAAUUUAAUCAUACAGUAACUCAUAUUCUGAAUGGAACUUUUAAUCAUUUUCCAUUUGAUAUUCCUCGACUCACAUCCAUGAAGGAAAGAACCUAAUCCACUGAAAGAGUAAUGUGUGUAAUUAUUAAUGAAUAAUAUAAGGUCAGAUUGUGUGAAAGUAAUAGAAGUUAAGUAAUCUCCACACCCUCACCCCUCACCCCCACAGCUUCUCCAACAAACUGCACACAGCUGGACUGUGGCAUUCCUGAAAUGUAAGCUGCACGAACAAUGUCCUAUAUGAUUACCCAAUCACGUUUUAUAUAUUUAAAUCUAUUUAUACUGUGUGAGACUGUUCCUAUAAUUUAGAUGCCUAUAGUAAGAAAUAGCAAUACAAAAUCAGAAUCAGAAUCAGAAUACUUUAUUGAUCCCAGAGGGAAAUUUCUGUUGUUACAGCUGCAACCGUUUCAUUUAAAUGAGUAAACCAAAAACACAAUAACAUACACUAAAGGCAUAAAAAUAUAAAGACUAAAGAGAUACUUUAUAUCUGAUAUGACUAGUUCACUCAUAUCAACAAUUAAAAACAUAACAAAUUUAUAUACUUUAUCAAUGUAAUACCUGUUUUUUGUUUUAUUUUUUCAUGCAGAUAAAAAAGUCUGUCAUGCUAUGCUCAAGAUGCUUCCA